UCUUCACAUCUGUUCGGAUUAUGUCAAGUUGUCAAAUUCAUCAAAAAAAAAACUAUCCAAAACACAGAGAGAAAUAAGCGAAUUUUUCAGUUCUGCCCAUUAUUUUUUUUCUUCUUCUCCGUUUCGAAUUAUUUCAUUGGAAAACUCUGGAUCUCAAAACGAAUUUGCCACAAAUCCGUCAAGAGUCCAUGGCGGUAAAAGAAAAAUCCGAAGCCGAAGAAAUGGAGUGGAGCGCUGAAGAACAAGUGCAAUUAUUUCUAGCGCUCGGUGGUUUGAAACCGAUCGGCAUCAACAAACAUUUCUACAUGGUUUGCAUCUGUGAACGAUUGUCAACGGCACUAAACCGUGACAUAUCGCCGGACACCGUAUGGGCACACCUAAAGAAACUGUACAAUUUGGAAGCUCUCGAUAAAGUGGUCUCGUUGCCAUUCCCACAAGAGCAGCGGGACUUUUCGCUACCGGAAGCCGAUUUCGGAUUACUGAUGACAAAGAAACUGAUGGAGGUGGAAGAGAAAAAACAUUCGGAACCCAAAACGGAAACAACUCGAUCAAGAACGUCGACACCGCAGCCACAAAGCAGUUCAAAACAAACGCCAACAGCUGCAUCGUCGAAAACUGCAUCAGCUGCAGCAUCGAAAUCAAAUUCUUCAUCCAAGCCAUCAACUUCCAGUUCGUCCAAAUCGACGCCACAAACCGGUAACAAAACCAACAACACUCCGGCUAGUUCCAAAGAAUUGGAGAAAAGAGUCACAGCUAGACUGCUACCGUCAUCGGACGGCCUGAAGCGAACACCAAAGAGAACUCGUGGUUCGACGUCCAUCGAGUCGAACAGUAGUCCAUCGACUACUCCGCCACCCAUGUCAACGAAACGCCGGCGAAUUUAAAGUUCGCUCGCUUAACACAAACAACAUUCGUACACGGUCGAUGGCAGGGAUUUAUAUUGUCGAUUUUGCGAUUGCGGUAUAAUUCAAAUCAAAAUGAGAAGAAAAAAAAACAAAAUUUUCCUACGGGGGAUUAUCAAUCCAAUUAUUAAGUUUUACAAGACAUGCCCGGAUGGGUAUAAAAUGUAUAAUUAUAUAAAUAGUGAACCAAUUUACGCGAAGUAAAUCUCAAAUAUUUCCUAUGAAGCA